CGAUGCUGCGCAGGGAUUGGCCUGCCUGGGCGUCACGUGGUCCGCAGCAGGAUGAUGGCGGGCGCUGCAGAGGAACCCCUAACGCUUUUCCGGGCUGGCAUCCGCGCAGCGUUGGAGGCUUGGCCCGCCUUGCAGAUCGCUGUGGAGAACGGCUUUGGAGGUGUGCAUAGCCAGGAGAAGGCUGAGUGGCUAGGGGGUGCAGUGGAGGAGUAUUUCUUCCGCAACGCUGACUUGGAGCUAGAGGAGGUGGAGGACUUCCUCGGGGAGCUCAUGACGAAUGAGUUUGAUACGGUUGUGGAAGAUGGGAGUCUGCCCCAGGUGAGCCAGCAGCUACAGACCAUGUUCCGCCACCUCCAGAGGGGUGAUAGGGCUGCUCUGAAGGAAAUGGCCUCUCUCAUCACACAAAGAAAGUGCAAAGUUAGAGCCACUGCACUAACUACAGCCAGAGAGACUGAUGAAGAUGAGGAUGAUGCAAACAGCGUGGAGGAGAUGGAGGUCGCAGCUAUGAAUGAUGGGGCAGUUACAGAUGGGGUCUGCCCCCAGCCACCAGACUCCCAGACUAUUAAGGAAGAGGAUAUAGUGGAGGAUGGCUGGACUAUUGUCCGGAGAAAGAAAUGAGUGGGGCUGGAAAUGGUUUGGGUCCUUAUUUGCUAGUUGUUUUGGGACUUGUGUGUAGGGGAGUGUUUUGGAGGGUUAUGAACCUCUGGACUGGUUUCCUCAUCUCCACCCUCUCCCCAUUCCCCUGUACAGCUUCUUCCAGGGGGAGAAGAGCCCUAGGGUCCUUGGUCUUGGGCUGGUGGGAUCUGGUUCACCAGGGCCUGGAGUUACUGUCUGAGUGAUGAGGGAUGCUUUCCCAGCAAAGUGCCUCUUGGGUGCAGUCAGGGUGAAGAAGAAGGGAUGAGAGGUGUGGGACUGACUGGAGAAGCUAAAUGCUGGUUCAUGGUAGGCAAGUGGAUUGUAAAGGGAGAGGACCAGGGAGAACCAAUAUUCCUGCUGGGUCAGGAUGUGAAUGAAAGUAGCUGUGGUACCUCUCCCUCUUCUCCUCAUCCCCCAGUCCUACAGAGCACCUCUGUACCACUGCCCAGAAAUUGGAACCUCCCAGGAACACUCCCUUCCUGCAGCCCAGUGUCCAGCCCUGAGUUCCUUCAGGAUGACCUUGACAAGGCAACGAGCUUGGGGGACCCAGGCUUUGUUUUCUGUCUCUUCCAACCUCUUUCCGAACUCCUUAUCCCAUCUAAGUCCAGGGAUGAGGCCUAAGACCUCAGUGAAUAAUACCUUACUGUUUAAUUUGUUGCUUGACUUGUGAGUAGCCUUGGAAUCAGCUUUCUGAGAGCUGAGCUUUAGAGCUCAGCAAGGGAGCAGUUUCUGGGCCCACUCUAGCAGCCUGGUACUUUGGACAAACAGACAAAUGGAGCACAGCAGUGUUCUGAAAGUUUCUGUAAGCUUGAAAUAAACUGUAUUUUUCUUUAAAAAAACAAAA